UACGACCUCCAAGCCUCCAAAGCCAAAGACCAAAGAUCCAAAAUCCAAUUGAGCCGAUUGAGCCAUGCCAUGGCAAUCGGCUUGUCAUCCCAUUUCCCUUUCCUCUGUGGGUCCUCUUUCUAUUACUAGAGCUAGUAACCGGUAGCUAGCUAUAGAUCAUCACUUCUUAUUAGUGUUCCCUUCGCAGUACCUCAAUACAUACGGUGGCACCAUGGCCAAAAGCAAUAGCAACAACAUGCGACAGCGCAAACAGCAACGAGCCAGUGAGCGAGCAGCCGUUGACCACUCCAACAAAGACGAGGAUGACAAGGUUCACAAACGCAAAUCGUCGGCAGCUAGAAAGUCAAAAACGAGUGGCUUUCCUGCUGGUAUGAAACUAAUUGUGGCCAUGUUGCUGGUGUUGGUUGUCUUUCUAGUAUUGGCGUUGGUUAUUGAACAUGGGGAGGAAGAAGAGGGCAGCACGAGCCGAAGAGCAAAGGAAACAGCUAGCCAUCAACAGUCCCAUCCUCACGAUCACGAUGGUCCUCUGACACAAGUUUCCAAGAACUACAGAGUCGUCAAGACACUUCCUCAUGAUCCCAAAGCAUUUACACAGGGUCUGACAUUUCGUCCGGACAACUCGACGAUUCUCUACGAAUCCACAGGCAUGUACAAUGAGUCCGUCAUUCGAGUGUUGGAUCUCAACAACAAUGCCCAAAUACUGCAAGAAAUCAAGUUGGACGAGAAGUAUUUUGGCGAAGGAUUGAGCUAUUUUGAAUACCCACCAAAUCCAAAUCAUCAACACCACAAGGGACUCGUCCACUUUACUUGGAAAGAACUCACUGGAUUCGUUUUUGACGUGGAUACUCUGGAAACCUUGCAAGAAUUCGCCUUUACGACCACUACCAAUGAAGGCUGGGGGAUUAUUCACGUCCCCAACAAUCCCAAUUACGACUUUAUCGUGAGCGAUGGCUCGGCCAAUCUACACUUUUGGGACAAGGAUUAUAAAGAAUGUCAACCCCCUUUGGAAGUGACGUAUCUGACGCAAGACAUGCUGAAUCAACAAAUGACCAAACCUCGAGGCAUGCGAUUCUUGAAUGAACUGGAAUGGGAUCCCACCACCAACACAAUACUGGCCAAUAUUUGGUAUCAAGACUAUAUUGCCAGGAUCAAUCCGACCACGGGGUUUAUCGAGAUGCUGUACGAUUUUCGGGGACUGUACCCCUACCGACCCCCCGGAACCGAUGUCUUUAAUGGCAUUGCACUGCAUCCAGUGGAUGGACAGCUGUGGGUGACUGGAAAGUACUGGCAUCAGCUGUACCAAAUAGAAUUGGAUGUCGAUCCAGAGGCAGAAGAAGCAGCAAUGCCAUUGUAGAAUUUAUUUGACGUUUUCGAAAUCGGGCAAAGAUGGAUGUCGCUUUUUUACAGGCAAGAAAGUUUUUUGAGGCCGUGUGCUGUGUGAUGAUGAUGUUCCCAAUAGAUUUCAUUCCUCUUCUCCAUCGACCGACCGACUAGCUAGAGUUUUGUGGAGCUUGGUUGGUGCUACUAGGCCGCUUUUUGUUGACGUUUGUAUAUUUAUUUUUCUGACGUCCGACAGUGGAUUUCUGGGAUGCGGGCUUCAUCAGACGGAACCUUCCGUAACGUUGCGACCACUCAAACACUCUCAUCAGGCAUGCAGAGGCACAGCCCCAUAUCCUUUCAGCUUGGGAGACUCGGGAAACAUGGUACCGGUACCAGUACGAUGUACGUUAAUUAGCUAAUAAAUAAAGAUUCUUGUGUACAAGGGAGGAGCAGGAAAAC